AUGGACAAUUAAUAAAAUAAAAAUUGUAAUGAGGAAUCAUGUUGUGACCAAAAAAAUUGUUGUUAAGAAGAAUAAGUUUAAUAAUAACAAUAAUGUUGCACAACUAAUUGCUGUGAAUCUGAAGAAUAAAUUAAAAAUAAUGUAAAAUAAAGAUAUGGAGAAAUCUGUGAAUAAACAAAAUAAAUAAAUGCUGCUUCAUUUUGUGGAGUUGGAGGAUGUUGCAGUUCAUCAGGUUGUGGAACCAUAGAUUAUGCUGUUUUUGCAGAAAAUUAUGAAAAAUUAUAAGGAUAUGUUCCAGAAGCUGAUUUAGGAUUAGGAUGUGGUAUUCCAACUGAAUUUGCUGAACUUAAAAAAGGAGACAUAGUUUUAGAUCUAGGAUCAGGAGCAGGAAAUGAUUGUUUUAUUGCUAGAGCUUUAGUUGGAGAAAGUGGAAAAGUAAUUGGAGUAGAUAUGACACCUAAUAUGAUAAGAAAAGCUUAAUUGAAUUCAGAUAAAUACAAUUUUAGAAAUGUUGAAUUUAGAUAUGGGGAUAUUUCAGAUUUACCAAUAUUAGAUAACUUUGUUGAUGUUGUUAUUAGUAAUUGUGUUAUCAAUUUGGUACCAGAUAAAAAAUAAGUAUUUUCAGAAAUCAAGAGAGUAUUAAAAUAAAAUGGUCAUUUUUCAAUAAGUGAUGUUCUUACAACUGGAGAUUUACCUUUAGCUAUAAGAAAAGCUUCAGAAUUACAUGUUGGUUGUGUUUCAGGUGCUCUUAGAAAAGAUAUUUAAUUGAAAAUUUUAGAAGAAUUAGGAUUUACUGAUAUUUAGAUUAAAAAAGAAAAGGUGAUUGAUUUCCCUGAUGAAUUAAUGUUAAAAUAUGUUUCUUAAGAAGAAUUAAAGGAAUUUUAGAAUAGUGGAAUAAAAAUUUUAAGUGCAACAAUUUAUGCCAAGAAAUAAUGA